GCACACUCUUUCUGUUCUCUUGGUGCCAUUGUCACAUCGCUCUUCAGCACUCAGCCUCCCGGACGAAUUUUUAUCAAUUUUUUUUGUGUUGUUGUCUUUUUGAUAGUUUUUUUGUUUUGUUUUCUGUUUGUCACUAUAGUUUGGACCGGAAUGCAGAUUCUGUCCAUGAAGAUGAUGUUCUGCACGCUGCUGUUGCUGCUGCUGGCAGUGACCUCCUGCGUGCACUCCGAAGCGGAUUGUAGUCAAGCUCAGUCAUGUGACCUCUGCGUUGGCAACUCCAUGCUCAAUCUGACCGGCUGCGUAUGGAGGCUGUGUCCUGAUGGUAACGACACUGGCAUGUGCGUGACGGACGAGGGCAACACGGCCGACAACUCCAGAAAUUGCAGCUGGACCAGGGUGUCAGAGCUCUGCACGGUGGUGGAGACAGUGGCUGAAGGAGGCGGUGACUCAGGCGCGGGCGGCAAAGCGCGGCCCCAGCUUUCGCCUGCCCGCUUCAACUUGUCCAGCUUCAUCGGCGGCGUGGUGCUGGUCCUCUGCCUGCAGGCCGGCGGCGUGCUCGCUAUGCGCUUCCUCAAGUCCAAAGAGCAAAGUGACUACGACCCCAUAGAGCAGCCUCAGUAAGGUGACCGAGCGGCGAGGAAGGAUGACGAAAGGAAGAGUGACUCACGGGAUGAUGACGACAAGACACCGAAUUUUUUACGACUGGUCGCCAUGAUCCCCUUCUCCCCCCCUCUCUCUUCAAGUAGGACUGGAAGCAAAUCACUUCUCCUCAACUCUUAUCAUUUGUGUGUAUUUUUGUGGUGAAUUGUGUUUAGAGAGGAUUUUUUUUUCUGUAGAUACACCCGACAUGAAGAACUCUCAUGUGUACUAACAUGCUAAUCGUAACGACGGUGGAUUAUUUGUUUUCGUGUCGUUACUGUAAUAAAGUUAGGAGAUGCGGGAGGAA